AUGGAGGACAAGUCGGAGCAUGCCAGGAUCAAGAUGAUCGACUUUGGCUUGAGCUCGUCAUUCGACGAUUCGCUUCCGAUGACCGACUCCUGUGGCACCCCCUACUACGUGGCACCAGAGGUUCUGCGAGGCAAGUACAACCAGCAAUGUGACAUGUCGUCCUUGGGGGUCUUGACUUACAUUCUUCUCGAUGGCCGUGCUCCCUUCAUGGGCCGUGAUGACCGACGGACCUACAGGCUCAUUCUCAAGGGCCAAUACGUUUUCCCCGUGAAUCGCUGGGGCCGGAUUUCAGACGACGCCAAGAAUUUCGUCUCGAAGCUUCUGAAGGUUGACCCUGAGGUGCGGAUGACAGCCGAAGAGGCGCUGAUGCAUCCCUGGCUGACUAGCAAGGAACCUCAAGCUCUUUCCGAGGCCGAGUCUGCCCCUCUUCUGGUUUUUAAAACCCACAUCUCCAAAUUACGCAACCUCAUCUGCGCUCUUCAAGACUCAGGCUUUACUUUACUGAAGCACUAA